AUGCACCAAUUCAACAUGUUAAUUAAGUGGGCUCUAUUGUCAAGUACAAAAUUGAAAAUAGCUGGGCAGAAAGCCCAGUCUAUUCAAAAUCAGCAGUUCUCUGCAUUCAGUACAUAUCUAUCGAUUCGGUCUCUGCAGCCACCAAACCCCACCCCCGCCAAGCAGCCCUUUACUCCUUUGCAAAAUAAAUAUAAAAUGGAGGUCAUCAUCUCCAACAGCUCCAAUAUAUUCUCUGGCAAUGUGCCCCUAAAGAUUAUAUUCAGAUAUGUCACGUUUUAUGCUCUCGAGACCUAUGCAAUUAUUGUAGAAAACGCAAGACGAAAUGCCUCGGUGGAAAUGGCAGGUUGGCUUGCAGAGCCUGCUCAGUCGCAGCUGGAAACUCGACUUAAAGAGUACGAGAAUGGUCAUAAUAAUGGCGCAGGGCGUCAGAAAUCUUUAGAUGUGGUCCCCCUUGACUAUCAACAUCAACAGGACCCUCCUGCAACUACUCUCUCUGGCAAUUCUGAGCCACAUACGACCACGAAUGAAGAUGACAUUGAUGGCAACCCGCUCACUGAAAAGAUAGCUCACCUGGUCAUCAGUCCUGAGGGGGAUAAACGUUAUAUUGGCAAUUCUUCAUCUGCUAGCCUAGGGAAAAAGUUUCUUGAUUUCGUCAGGUCAUUUAAAACGGGGCUCGAUAUCGGAGAAGAUUUCAUAACUCCAGCGUAUAACAGCUGUUCUAACUUCUCUAUUCGUGCGAAUGCGCAUCAGGCCAAACCAUUCACUACUUCGCUUCCACCUUUUCCAUUUGCGAAACGGCUCUAUGCGGCACAGUAUUCCUACAUUGGCACAAUUUUCUCGUUUACUUCACCAGAAACAUUCGAGAAGAAUAUUCGUGAAAUGUAUGAUCGAGAGGUCGAUUUUACGAACAAGAGCGACUGUCUACGAUAUUGUCAGAUCUUCAUAAUUCUUGCAUUCGGCCAAAUGUACUCCAUCAAUCAAUGGACAAGCUAUGAUGGGCCCCCUGGGUUUGAGAUUCUCUGCGUGAAAUCAGGGAAUUCACUCACGAUCGCGGAUGAGGAUAUCGGCGUUUUUCCCCCUUCCCGUCUAUCUGAUGAACCAGAUCUAGGACCAGCCGCUGUCCUUUUUCAUUACACUGAAUUAUCUAGGAUUCUAGGUAGAAUCAUGAAAAGUGAGCUGCACGUCAAUGCUGUUCGCCCCUUGGUCUUCAAUGUGGUUCGGAAAUGUCUUCAGAAUCACGAAAAGACGGGAGAAUGGCCGGAUUGGAAAGAAGGCCUGCAACAGAGCACAGUAUUAGCUGUGGAAACGUGCGUCGCUGCAGCUCGGAAUAGCGCAGCGGUAAUGGCCACUGCUGCGAAACAAAACCUCAUAGCAACAUAUGGCUAUAUGGACGGCGAACAUGCCUUCUCCGCCGCAAUAAUCCUCGUUAUGAUCAACAUUGCUUUCCCAUACAACUUGCGAGACCGCGCAGCAAUGGUCCUUGCCCUUGAUGUGCUCAACGGCAUGGCAGAGAAGGGUAAUUUGCACAUUCGAUCCCUCCAUCGUCUCCUGCUCAGCCUCUACCAUACCGUGAUCCCAUCACCUACGGAAUCUGGCGAUAAGCCUGCGUCCGCAGCACCGGAGCACGAGCAUAUGUCCCCCCAGCCAGCUGAACUGGCGCCGCCAGAAACUCCGCCUACCGAGCAUCGGCCUGAAUCCCAGCCGAUUCAACUUCCCCAUAUAUCAAUAGAUGACCCGCUUGCUGCAUUUCUAGCUGCGCAGCAGUCAGCAUCUCCUAUUCCUAUGUCUGGUGAUAGCGGCUUCAUUGUUCCGGAGGAGCUUCUCUCCUUUGAGAACCCAAUGGGUGAUGCGAUUUUGUGGGAGGAGGGAUAUGGGACUUUUGACGUCGGCAUGGAUUUUGAUUGGGCACAAUGGAAUUCUUGA